GGGAUUGAGAAUAGCUGAAAAAGCUCUAAAAAGCACACCUGUUUCUUCUAUUACGCUCAACAGCGUCUGAUUAGUCGAGACGAGUCAGGUGUGUUCGUUUAGGGCUGUAACAGGUAGGCUGUUUGCGCUGAUAUUGUUGACCAGCGUAUAUCCACCAGGAGCUGGAUGUGAUUCAAGCUCGUGUGCUGGAAAUGGACGAGUCUGACAUGCAGUAUGAGGUAGAGAGAGCGUUUCCCUACAGCCCUCAGGCAGGAUUAUUCUUCAGUAUGAACCAUGAGGAGAAAAUAGAUUCCGAUAGGAGAUCUAUCUAUGUGGGGAAUGUGGAUUAUGGAGCAACCGCAGAUGAACUGGAGAUGUACUUCAAUAGCUGCGGUCACGUUAACAGAGUCACAAUCCCAUAUAAUAGAUUCACAGGCCAUCCGAAAGGCUUCGCCUACAUUGAGUUCUCAGAGAGGGAGUCCGUGAGGACCGCCAUGACUUUAGAUGAAACGCUAUUCAGAGGACGUGUCAUUAAGGUAUUGCCAAAAAGAACAAACAUUCCAGGUUUCAGGACUACAGAUACAUACUUGCGUGGAGGUUGGUCCCGGGGACGAGGUUUCCGUCCCUCGAGAUUUUACAACCCAUUCAGGGGCUGCCACUUCAUUAGGGAAAAUGGAAGAGCCGAUCCUUGGGUUAAUUCUUUUUGAUAUUCAGUUUUGACUUUUCUGUUAUCUUCAAAGCACUUCUUGGUGCUGAUUAAUUUAUGUUUCAGUAAUUGCAUGACGGGAGCUCAGUUAUUAUUUUUCUGUGUGCGCGUAGCUUGAACGACACUACAAAAACGGAGACUUGAUUUGUAUUGAUUGGUUACUAUUUUA